CUCACAGCAGCAGAGUCUCCAUCGGCGGCUUCAACCGGCGUAUCGUAUUCUCCUGACAGGAAGCACCUGUCAAAAUAAACAGUGAGCAGCGCCUUAUCGUCACCAUCGUCAGAUAUGGACGCGGCAUCCCUCUCGAGCAGCCAGUGCAGAUACAGUUAUGAAAACUAUAAGGAGACAGCAGACUGGCUGCGCAACCACGUGGAGCAGCAUCCUAAGGUGGCCAUCAUCUGUGGUUCAGGCCUGGGCGGCCUGGCUGAUCUUCUAGAUGACAAGAAAGAGUUCCAGUACAAGGAUAUUCCACGUUUUCCCACCAGCACUGUGCCGGGCCAUGCAGGGCAGCUGGUGUUUGGCAAGCUGAAUGGCUGUGAGUGUGUCUGUAUGCAGGGGCGAUUCCAUUUCUACGAGGGCUACAACAUACAAACGGUGACGUACCCGGUGCGAGUCUUCUAUCUGCUGGGGGUGAAAACUUUGAUUGUGACAAACGCAGCAGGAGGACUCAAUGAGACCUACAGUGUGGGAGACAUCAUGCUCAUUAAAGAUCACAUCAACAUGCCGGGCUUCGCAGGACAGAACCCUCUGUGUGGGCAUAAUGAGGAGAGGUUUGGAGUGCGGUUCCCAUGCAUGUCAGACGCCUAUGACCGUGAGCUGAGGGCCCUGGCCAAGAGAACAGCAAAGGAACAGGGCUGCGACAGUUUCCUGAGGGAAGGGGUUUACUGCAUGUUGGCUGGACCAACAUUUGAGACCAUUGCCGAGUGCAGACUCCUGCAGAAGCUGGGGGCUGAUGCUGUGGGUAUGAGCACAGUCCCUGAGGUGGUGGUGGCUCGUCACUGUGGCUUGCGUGUCUUGGGCCUGUCCCUCAUCACCAAUAAGGUUGUGACGGAUUAUGAGAGCGAUGAAAAAGCGAAUCACGAAGAAGUGCUGAGAACCACUCAGCACCGGACCAAGGACUUCCAGAAGCUUGUGAGGCACAUCAUAUCCAAGAUCGAGUAACGCUCUCUAAAAUCUGUUUGCAGCCUAGCAGUGAAAUCACUGGUCAAUAAUCAGAGCUUUGAACAAAUUAAAAGUGGUGUUUCGGGGUGGAGCUGGGUGAUACGGGCAAAAUGUUAUCACAAUAUUUUUUUUCUGUAUGAUUUCUGUAAUAAUAUAGAUUUAUAUUAGUAUUCUAAGCUAGCAUCUAUUUUGAUACAAAUUAGAAGAACAAGUCAACACAAACUAAAUACCCAUUCUAAACUAAAUUCAGUGGAUUUAGAGCCUUGUGGCCAGACUCAAUUGAUGUCAACAUCUCACCAUGUGGGCACAAGGUUUUGUUUUCAGCUCCCUUUGCGAUGGCCUUUUCCUACUGCAGCACUCUCCCCACUAUUUUUUGAUGGGACCCACAACUUGCAGGUGAUUCUGUGAUCAGUGAGCUGCUGCAAGAUCUCUUUUCUUUUUCCAAGAAAAAUAAAAAGGGCUGACCCUUAUUUUACCUACACAGCGGUCUCUGUGUAGAUAAAACAGUAAUAUAUGAAUUUAUUAAUAAUUGACAAUUAACCUAGUAGUACUGACAGAAACAACCCAACGUAAUAAAUUAGAAUCACAAUUACAAAUUAGUGAACACCCAUUUCCAAUUCUGAAAGUCUUUCAGGCCCCACUAAAACUUUUGUCGCGUGUAAUCUUAAAUAGAUCAGUAAAACAGGGUAAUCUGGUCAAAAACCGCUCAGACAAAUUAAUAAAAACAUAACUAAAUGAGCUAAAUUAAAUUAGCUUGGCCUGACUGGAGAAAACUGAACCACAUGACCUUUCUUUUGAUUCAUGGAGUUUUCUACACGGCUUCCGCUCCUCUCCUAACCUCAAUUAGGAGCGUUUAUAAAGUUUAAGAUUUUAAGGUAAAUAUUGCACUUAAGGGUGCUUGUACUGUAGUAGUUGGAAAUAUCCAUAACUUUUGAUGAUUGAUGAAAACUUAUGUGGCUUGUUUGAGAUUUAGCACUACCUCAGCAAGACUUUCACAAACCAGGAAACGUAAGCCUGAAUCCAGUCCCUGCCUUACUUACUAUUUGUUUGGUGUAAAUUUCACCACAAUUAGCUGUUUAGUCGCAGUGAUGACCCUGCAGUACACUUCGCCUUCACCGUGGUAAGAUGAAGAGUGAAAAAGGGGGAGAGCAAAUCACAUGAUCUGUAAGGAAACAUGGAAAAUGCAAAAACUCUUUCAAAACGGCUCAUAGCAAGAAAUCAUGAUGCAUUGACGUUUGAUGUGUGCUUGUUUAAAUCUAAAUCAAGUGUUAUGGAAGCUACAAUCAUGACACCCAGCACGCAUUCCAUCGUUUAAAGUUUCCAUACUCUCAAAUAUUCCAUAUCACAGAUCAAUAACUGUAAUAGGAAUACAGUGGCUUCUACUUGUGCAACCACCAGUGUGCAUUUCUGUCUGGGCAUAAGUGCUGCAGGGCAGUUGGGGUUUUUCCUCUACCGAUACUGUAAUGAUCCAUCUUUUGUUACACUUACUUUUGUUACGUGCAUGCGUGCUGUAUGCUGUAUGUCUUAUUUGCCUUUAACAAGAGCAAUGUAUACAGCUACCCCUUAUGAAUGCAUCAUCUGCCUGUGUCACACACAUCCGGAAAACACUGUUAGCUUAUGGACUGGUCUUCUCAUCUUAGUUCAGGCCCACAGUCAUAUGACUGAAUUCACAAUAGCUGCUACUUAGAAAGAAUAUAAAGUGGGUUUAGGGACAAACUGACACCUACUGGCUUUUAUUUUCACAUAUUACUUGUUAUUCAGAAUGCACUAUUAAUUAUUUUACCUGUAAAUCAAAGUGGGCAUAUAAUCAAGAGUUUUAUAUAUAUAUUCUUUAAGUAGGCAGAUUACUAUCCAUUGUAUUUAUCUUAUACUAAUGCAUAGGUCAAAACUCUAAUAUCAUUACUACUUGUUGCUGGAUUUUACUAAGAAAAGGAAAUUAAUCCAUUUGUUAAAAGUCUAUCCAAUAAUGAAGAGCACUUUGUUUUUAGUGAUCUCACAGAUCAGCAGAUUUAUAUAUAGAGAAAUGUAAUUAAUGGCUAUAAAAGUAAAAUAUAAUCUGAAAGACGUGCCAGAAGUCAAAAGCUAAUCUGGUCGAGCAGUUGCGAUUUAUGAAGGUUCUGCUUUUAUUUGCACACUAAGAGUCCACAUCACUGUAACGUCAGAGAGAACUAGAAGUUUUCAGUCUUCUCUGUGCUGAUCUGGAACCAGCUCGCCUGCCAGCUCGCCUUGACCAUCUCAUUCAUUAGAGCUGGAAAGGCCGGAGAAAUCCAAGAUCAGCAGUCCAAAUUUGGCACUUUGUUUCAGUCUUCUGUUUUCUGGUCUUCCUUCUGUUUGUCCUACAUUGGGUGAAUUAAACUUUAUAUAUUGUUUGUUAAUCACAUUUAAUGUAUCCAGGUCUCAAGUUAGAAUUGAAUUCACUUAUAUAAAAAUAAAUUAUAGCAAAGUAGUUGCCAAGUUUUGCUGCUGUUAAAUAAAAAUUUGCUGUGA